CCAUGGCUUAAUAAUUCAGAAUAACGCUUAAAAUUUUAUCAAAAUCAGAAAACGAUAUCAUAUAGCUACCAUAGGUUCGAUUGAAUUAUUGAGAUAAAAAUCAUCAUAGCUUCAAUAUUUUGAAACAUAUACGCGUACAAAUCUUUCUUCUUAAACAUGUACGCAAACAACUCAAGAUAUAUAUACAUAACUUUCGAUUUGAGGAGAACUUUGACAUUACUGUUUGAAGUUGUUCUGACAGUAUUUAGUAACACUCCAUUUCUUGUGAAAUUGGGCAUUAUACAAAUGUCCAUACUAAGUCAAUUGCAAUUAUCAAGCUACAAAAAGUUUAUGAUUCUGAAGAAAAUCACCUACAAUCAUUUUAUUCAUUACCACGGGUCAGGAUGGAAACAUGUUCAAAGGCUUUUCUUCUAAUUACUCUACUGUCCAUACUAUAUUGUGCAGGAGCCCCUAAACACCCGGAUUGCGGUCCAGCUGGACGCUGCUACACUGUCAAUGCGCUAUUUGGAAGUUUUAAACAGACAAGAUGUGUUCCUUGUAAAAUGAAAACUUGAUCUAAUCAUUUAACUAGUUUGGAAUGCGAUUUUUGACAUUCGCUAAAAUAAAUACCACACAACAAUUUUCAUUGCUUAUAAUAAUAAUAAUAAAAAUGGAAAAUAUUUUA